AUGAAAAUUGCUCGAAAAGAGUUUGAACAUAUGUUGGCACAAGGCAUUGUAAGGCGUUCUGAGAGUCCUUGGUCAUCAGCUUUACAUCUUCUAAAGAAAAAAGAUGACGGAUGGAGGCCUUGCGGGGACUACAGAUCAAUUAAUGCAAGGACUAUCCCUGACAGAUAUCCCAUUCGUCACAUACAAGAUUUUUCUUACCAACUUUCUGGAUCCACUCUAUUUUCUAAGAUUGAUUUAGUGAAGGCAUACAAUCACAUUCCUGUAAAUCCGGCGGAUAUACCAAAGACUGCCAUAACUACACCAUUCGGGCUUUAUGAAUACCCUUUCAUGAAUUAUGGCUUGAGGAACGCAGCGCAAACUUUUCAGAGAUUCAUUGAUGAAGUGCUCUCUGGUCUUAAAGAUUUUUGCUUCGGAUACCUCGACGAUAUAUUUUUUUUUUUACACAGUACAGACCUUUCAUUACAAAAGCAUUUAGAAGGCAAGUGUUCGAUAUGCUUCAUGGAUUAA